AUGCUCCUCAUCACUCUGCUUGGUUUGAGCAGUGGAAUAUAUAACCCUGAUAUCUGGCUGGUUCCUGGGGAAACGGCAGUGUUUCAGCCCAGCACCACAUUGUUCAGCUCCAUCUCCUGGACCUUUUCCAACGUCACCAUCGUCGACAAAAACUUCACUGACCCUGAGUACACUGACCGCAUCACUCUUUUCUCCAAUGGAACCCUCCAGCUCCGCAUCGUCACACAUGAAGACCAAGGACCAUACACCGCCACCAUCACAUCAGCAGCAGGCCACACCCACAGCAGCACCUCCCACCUCAGUGUAUAUGAGCAAGUCCACAGUGUGGUUUUGGUGACACUAACCCCACCUGGACCCUUAAUUGAGUUCAGAAGCUUUGCAAACAUCACCUGUGCUGCAGGUGGUGGCACCGGCCUGGUGUACACCUGGUACAACGACAGCGCCGUAAUGUCCACCACAGCCCAAGACCUGUCCAUCGCCCGCCUCACCCGCUACGACAGUGGCCCGUUCCAGUGUCGGGUGACCAACCCCAUCAACUCGGUCUUAAGCCCGUCCCGCUACCUCAGCAUCAGCUACGGUCCGGAUAUAACAAACCUCACAACUGAUCCCAUACCCACUAAUGGAGUCUUCUACGAGGGGUCUGCAGUCACCAUAUACUGUAAUGUGAUCUCCAGCCCCACAGCCGUCAUCACCUGGUUUCAUAAUGGGGAGCCCGUGGAAUUUUCGUCGGACGAAGAGCUCUUUUUCGAGUACUUGGAUACCAAUGACAGUGGGGACUACAUGUGUCAGGCCUACAACCCAAUAACCCUGGUUUACGCAGUGUCCCAGCCGUUUGUCAUCUCUGUCAUAAAAGAUGUUCCUGUUGAAGGAGGUCUCUCAGUCGGAGCUAUUUAUGAACAAGAAGGGGCAGCAUCCUCCGUCUCACACUGCAGCCUGCCAGGGAGUCGCACAGACGCCUGCAGCUGGUUUCUUGGAGUAACUAAACAUUUCACCGUUAUGUCGGGGGCCCCUCCGGUGCUAAUGCGGCUGGUGGCUUCAGCCUUCUGUGUGGCAGAGAGAGCAGGGGCCAUAGUGCGCAGGGUUCUGCACAGUGGAGAGCUGGGCAUCGUGGAGAAGAGCGGUGCUAACGACCUGCAGACGCUGGCCGACAGACUGGCGCAGCAGAGCAUCUGUGCCUCUCUGUCCAGACGCUUCCCCAACCUCACCAUCAUCGGAGAAGAGGAUUUGCCCUCAGAGGAGGCGGGGGACGAGCUCAUCGAGAGUGGUCAGGCAGACGACGUCCUCCUCAAAACCUGUCCUGAGGAAUUUACAGACGUGAAGGAAGAGGAGCUCGUGGUGUGGGUGGACCCUCUGGACGGGACCAAGGAGUAUACAGAAGGCCUAUUGGAUAAUGUGACGGUCCUCAUCGGCGUUGCUCACAGAGGGAGAGCCAUUGCAGGCGUCAUCAACCAGCCGUUCUACAACUAUCAGCUAGGGUCGGGUGCCACUCUGGGCCGGACCCUCUGGGGGGUCCUGGGACUGGGGGCGUUUGGAUUUGAGCUAAAUGAAGCCCCCGCGGACAGACGCAUCGUCACAACCACCAGGUCCCAUAGCAACAAACUGGUCACAGACUGCGUGGACGCCAUGGAGCCACACGAGGUGGUCCGCGUAGGAGGAGCCGGGAACAAGAUCCUGCAGCUCAUCGAGGGCAGGGCUUCAGCGUACGUGUUUGCGAGUCCUGGCUGUAAGAAGUGGGACACCUGUGCUCCGGAGGCCAUCCUACAUGCAGUGGGAGGUAAACUCACAGACGUUCACGGAAACUCGUACCGUUACGACGCAGACGUAAAACAUAUGAACUCAGCCGGAGUUUUGGCCACGCUCCGGAACCAUCAGUUCUACAUCAGCAGAGUGCCCCCCUCUGUCCUGCAGGCACUGACAUGA